CAUGGAGCCAGUUGGCAGCGACUACAACUAAACACUCACAGAGGAAAGUGGCAGCAAUGAGCCGACAAGGUUUUAGCGGGACCACUUCAUCCAUUCAUUUCUCUUCAAGGAUAACAGAGAAUGGAUGUUCACCCACAGGUCUAUCACUGGAGGAUGAAGAUAAUCUUCGUUUUGAACUUUCAAAGGUCGACGAUGAAAUUCAGACCUUGAGGCAGGUGCUUUUUGCUAAAGAGAAAUAUGCAGCAGACAUCAGGAGGCAGCUGGGAAUGAGUCCUCUCAGCAACAUCAAACAGAACCUGUCAAAAGGCUGGCAAGAAGUCCAGACCUCAGCACCAUAUCUCACAGCCUCUGCCACCCUGGACGACAUCAGCCACUCCAACGUAUACAUGAGGACACGGGAUGGUCUCUCUCAUGCAGGCCAUGUGACAUCUGCUGCCCUGUCUGGUAUGGGGGUGGCCCUCACCAGGAGACUGGCAGAGAUGAGAGCUCUGCCUCUUCCAAGCCCACCACGCCACACUAUAAGUGUGCCGACCAUGAGACACUCCUCUACAUUCAAGUCUUUUGAGGAAAUGGUCGGCAAUGUGAAAGACAAAGUGAGCAGCAGUCUGACAAAUAAUGGAGACACCACUGGGUUUGAAAGAAGAUCCUCACGGCACACCACAUGAGAUAAACCUGCUUGACGUCCCUCAGUGAAUUAUUUCUCCCUUGGCUGUGUGAAUACUGCAUGUCCACUGUUAUUUCUGACUGUUAAUAAUUAAUACAGAGUGACAAAUAGAAUGUACUAUGUUGGUAAUGUAAGCUUAUUUUGACAGUACAUAUAAAAAUAAUAUUUUAAUAUGUAAUUCUCAGUAUGUUUCAUAAAUGUAUUUUAUUUAUUUUUAAAUGUGAGAGCAGAAAAUGUAUCUUCUGAAGUCAGCUGUAUUACCUAAAGUAUUUUUGUAAAUGCAGAUUUUUCAAUUAAAAUCAAUAGAACGGUG